GAGCGCCUGUGGAAUAAGACACUUAAAGUGAACCCGGACACUGAAGCCUCACUUUUUCUUGGACGCUCAUAUUAUUAUCAUUUUUUUUAUCCUUUGUUAGCAGAAACUACUUUUUCUGGCGUCAUACUUCCAGGAGACGCUUUUUAUUCCCGAUCGCAGCGAUUUUCUGCGGGUCAAGCGUCCAGAGCUGGGUGAAAUUACACCUCCAAGAGUUUUUUAUUAACUUAUUCAAAAGGGGGGAAAAAGAAGCCAAACAUGGCAGAGACGUCGGCCGCUCCAGCCAAAGCAAAAAGGGCGUCAAAUCCAAAGAAGCUCACUUCGCAUCCAAAAUACUCGGACAUGAUUAAAGCGGCUAUUGUUCACGACGCGAGCCGGAGCGGAGCGUCCCGUCAGUCCAUCCAGAAGUACGUGAGAAAGACCUACAAAGUGGGCGACAACGCCGACGUCCAGAUCAAGAUGGCCCUGAAGAGGCUGGUGGCGUCCGGGAUGCUGCGCCACACCAAAGGCAUCGGCGCGUCCGGAUCCUUCAGGCUCACCAAGCCGGAGGACUCCAAGAAGACCACCGCCAAGCCCGCGUCCGUGGCCAAGCCCAAGAAAGUGGCCAAACCCAAGCCCAAGAAGGCGGCCAAGCCCAAGAAAGUGACCAAGACGCCCGAGAAGCCCAAGAAGGCGGUCGCCAAGAAAGUGAAGAAGGUCGCAAAGAAAGCGACACCUGCGAAAGCCAAGAAAGCGCCGGCGAAGAAGCCCAAAGCGGCCAAAACCAAGGCGAAACCAGUGAAGAAGGCGGCCAAGCCCAAGGCGAAGACACCCAAGAAGGCAGCAAAGACUUCAAAAAAGAAGUGAAGGGACACUUUCUAACCAAUUCACUGUAAAUACUGGAGGAUUUCAUUUUCGUAUAUGUAUUAUUUUUGUAAGAUUUCAUGCAAAAGUCUGUUUAUACCUGUAGUUUAUUUCCAUUCAUUGCAACAUAGCAUUAAUAGACUGUAAAACUGAUUGUUGAACAUUUCCAUUUCUGUUCAUAUUUGAGAUUCUGGGAUGUUCCAGACAAGAAAAACGUGUAAAUAUCCAGUUGAACUUGUUAGUGCAUCCAGAAAACAAGUGGAGCCUUUCCAGAGUAAAGACCAUGGACAGUAAACAUCAGCAUCACUCCCAAGUUUCAUUUAUGAUCCUGUUUUCAGCCACUUUAAGACUUUUUGCAAUGUAUGUCAAUAAAAACAAGUUUCAACGUAG